UUUCUCAGAAGUUAAACGACUGUAAGCUUGAGCGGUUGAAAUUUGUUUAUUAUCGGUUUACGUUAUAGAAUUUUUUUGUUAACAUGGUCGAUAUACAGUGUUAACUUGUUGAAUAUAGUAUUUUGUUGUUGUUUUCUUGUUAAUAGUGGUGCUGCGGGUCUCGGUGUUAGUGUGUCCGUGUAUAGAAAAAAAGUCAGUAAGCUGACCGCGCCUAAGUUUAAAGAAAAGUUAAUAAUUUUAAUAGAAAAAUCUAAUAUUUAAGAUAAAAUUUAUAAAAAACUUAAAGUUUGAAGGUUUCAUUUAACUAAAAAAAAUAUAACAACAGCUUAAAAUAAAAGUAAAAAGCAAUAAAAAAUCUAAAUAAAACAUAACAAAACAAAAUAACCUAAAUAGCUAAACAUGUGGCCUUUUAAAAGUGUUCUUAUAAACUGGAUUUGUUAUAAAUAAUUAAAUUUUCAUUUGAAAAUAAAUUUUACUAAAAAAGUGUGCCUUUAAAUACCAAAAAUUUAUACAAAAAACCUAAAUAAUAAAAUACAACAACACUAAGUGCCUGACAAUAUGACGACGCCUAGACGUCUUGUCUUUAAUGGUUUGGCUGCAAUAAUUCUGAUUGUUUUAACUUUCAUAACCAAAAUAAAAACACAAAAUAGUGAACUAUUUGAAUCUGCGGAGUUUACCAACAGUCAAUAUGACGUCGACCCAGAUUUUCAAGGCAAUACACAAUUGCAAUUUGCUUCACCGCUGCCAACAACAAAAACACCACCACCCCUAUUGGGACCGGACGACAAUACGCUGAUGUCAUCGUCUUCUGCGUCUGCCUCCACCUCAUAUACGGAAUUGAAUGGCGGCAGUAUAACUAGUGAACGUAUAUUACGUUCUAGUGAAAGUCCUUAUGCUGUACGUGAACACCUGACAGUGGAACGUAAUGGCAAAUUAAUAAUAGAACCUGGUGUUCGAUUAGAGUUUGCUCCUACCGUUGGCAUAACCAUACGUGGAAUAUUACAUGCAGUGGGAACACCAACGGCACGCAUUACUUUGACAGCACAAGGUCACAAUGUAGAAUUACCCGAUGUAGAAGAACGUGGCAUACGUUUGGUAGAUGGGCCCACACCCUUAGAGGGCAGGUUAGAGAUCUUUCAUAAGGGAUCAUGGCGGUCUGUUUGUACUAAUUCAAGAAAUUGGACUAUGAUUGACUAUGAGGUGGCUUGCCGUCAAUUGGGUUUCAAAGGUGGCCGCUUUUGGAAUUGGGUAGAUCGUACACCCGACCUAAAGCCACGUUUGCUGUAUGAAUUGCCAAAUUGUAAGGGUACGGAAAACUCGCUUUUGGAUUGUCAAUGGUCGUCUAGACAGUUGGGUUCCGGAGUUUGUGAUUAUCACAGUGAUAUAGGCAUACAGUGUAAAGCUAUACACAGCAUACAACUGACGCACUGGCGUGGCUUGUAUUUUGAUAACGCUCCCACUACCAAAACUUUGGCCAAGGACAAUACAGUGUAUUACACCAAAUCCAAAUCGACGUUGAAAUAUGUGGAUAUAAUAAGAGCCGGUAAUGGUUUGAAACAGUCGGCCAAAUCAGCCUUGGAAACUAUAGGUAUACCUCCCGUGCUGCAACAUGUAGUGAUAACCCAUUCUGCUUAUACUGGGUUCAAUGCUACACGUCCCUAUGGUGGCUUUCAAAUGCAAAAUGUCACCGUUAGAAAAAGCAAUGGCAUCGGCAUAUUUGUUAAUUCCAGUCAAGGUUAUGUGCAACUAAAUGGCUGUAAUAUUCAGGAUAACUUUGCCGAUGGUGUUAAAUAUGUGGGCCAUGAUUUGAGAGUCGACGAGAGACCCGAUAGAUCUUCUAUAUAUGAUUUUUGCACUUUACCCACCACCUCGGGACAAACCUAUCCCAUUACUUUAUCUUUUACCCAGAAAUUUUAUGCUGGUUCUGCCAAAGAAUGUGCCAAAUACUUUUUUACCAAACCCGGCUAUGUGCUCACCGUGCAAUUUGAACAAUUUGUCUUGAAAAAUAAUGAAACGGCUUCAGUGGAAAUAUUUGAUGGUGCUUCAGCUAAUGAUCGUUUGUUGUUCUUUUGGAAAGCUCGCAACUUUACUAGGCCUCAGAGUGUUACCUCUACACGAGAAAAGCUGUAUAUAAGAAUUAAAGCCGAUAUGCGAGAAGAAAUAAAUGGUUUUAUACGCAUAACUACGGGAGAAACAAGUGCAUUUGACUUAAGAGUUCUAGACUCUACUGUGCAGGAUAAUAGUGGGCGUGGCAUUGCUGUAGAUAAUCUAAGAUCAAGAUUACAUGUUCAUACUUCCUCUGUAUCGGGCAAUGGUCAUGUGGCUGGUGUUCAUAUAGCCAGUGGUGCUGGUGAUGUCAAUAUAACCGAAACUAACAUAAGUUACAAUCAAGGUUCUGGUGUCAAUAUCACUUACACGGGAGGCAAUCGUAAUGUUUCACGCAGUUAUGUCAACUUCAAUAAAGGCUAUGGCAUAGCGGUGUGGUUAAAUGAAACCUCUGAUCCCAACCGAGUAGAAUAUAUAGCAUUUAACCAGACCACCGCAGUAGAAUACUCACAUCUUAAUUCUAAUUUGGAAACUGGUAUACUGCAUGGCAAUUACUGCCAACCUUUGUGGGUCAAUAUAACUGGCAAUUACUUUAAUGGCAGCGCCGAUAAUGAUAUACGUUUGGAAACUUGUUGGAGAUCUUUGGAGCCAAAUGAACCCAAUACACGCCUGCAAAUAGGACACAACUCUUUUGAGAAUAGUCAACAGAAUUCCAUAUACAUAAGUCCGGCUUUAAAUCUGCAGGGCAGGAUAGAAUUUAAUCAAUUCCGUUAUGGUCAAUAUGGUUGCAUUUAUAUACGAAACGAUUUUAUAUUUCAAGAAUUCAAUAUUAUGCCGGUGCGUCUGAUAAUACAAAGUAAUUAUUUCAUAAAAAAUCAGGGUGUACAUGUGGUUUCACUAGGUUUAUCGCCCUAUAGUCGUAAAGAUGUUCAAGGUCUUUUAUUUACCCGCAAUUUUGUUAGGGAAAAUCGUAUAAUGGAAUUUUUUGGUCCUCCUGUAGAGGGCAGUGAAGGUUAUGAUGGUGCUGGACGUUUAAAUCCCCGAUCAAGGGUAGCAGCUGCUGUUGUGGUGGGUUCUAAUAAUGUCGAUAUUUUUCGCAAUAUUUUACACAAUUUGGAUUCAACCUAUGAAAUUGGUUCGCAAUUGAGUGAUCAAAGUCAAAUUAUCAACGCCACCUAUAACUGGUUGGGCCAUACUGAAGAAACGAAAAUCUAUGCCCGGCUCUUUCAUCGUAAUGAUCGUUAUAAUUUGGCUAAAAUAGAAUAUAUACCCUAUCUGCUGCAUAGCUCAAAUCCUGGUUCCAUUACAGUCAUUUCUAUAUCCACCUUUGUGCCACGAUUUUAUAGUGAAGGCUCUGAGUAUAUAGGAGGUGAGGUAGAUGGCCAAGAAAUGAUUCCUGCCGGCACUUAUACGGUCAACAAAGAUAUCAAUAUAAGACCGGGAGGCAAACUGAUAUUACAACCUGGUGUUACUUUACAAUUUGAGCCCAGUGUAGGCAUGAUGGUGGCUGGUAAAUUGGAGGCCCGUGGCAGAAGACCGGAUGAUAUAUUCUUAACCCUUAAACGUAAUACUAUAAUGCCCAUGGAUGUGGAUUCCUCUACCAAUCAUGAAAUGAUGGAUGUGGAAAAUUUAGAUAUGGAUACAGAGACAGUGAUAACAGGCGAGGAAACGCCACAAGUUAAUGUUAGACUUUUGGGUGGAGCGGGUCCCUAUGAGGGUCGCCUGCAACUGUACUUAAAUGGUAGAUGGGGUACUGUUUGCGAUUAUGGUUGGACUGAGUUAAAUUCCGCCUUAGUGUGUCAUCAUUUAGGUUAUACGCUAAAUCCAAAAGACUGGCGUUUACUAAGAUCCCAAAUGCCGGCUGUUGGUCUGACAGAAGAUGUCAUUGUUUCCAAUGUACGCUGUACAGCUCAUGAUCGUGAUAUUACCAAAUGUAAGGCUGAAUAUUUGAAUAGAGGUGAUUUUGAAAAUUCCUGUUCCCAUGAUAAUGAUGUGGGUAUACGCUGCUAUGAAGGAGCCUGGGCGGGAGUUAGAUUUAGUAUGUUGGCCGAGAGAGCGGAUUUGCAGUAUGUUACCAUCGAAAAGGCGGGCCUAUUCGAUUAUACCACCAAUACCUUUAAGCCUGCUCUACAAAUGGAUUUUGCCAGACAUAAUUUAGAAAAUGUAAGAAUUGUCGAUAAUUUAGAUGAUGGUUUGGGUGUUAUAUAUGCCGAUAUUUAUGGUGGCAAAGCUAUCAAUAACAUACGUAAUUCCGAGUUUGUGGGUAAUCGUGGUAGUGGCAUAAGUUUCAAACAAUUAGAUUUUCGUAUACAAGGUUCUAUAAUCAAAAACAAUAGAGGCAGUGGUAUUUCCCAUGAUCCGGUUAUAGCGGCCAAUGAUCAAUUGGAAAUUGGAGGCUGGUUUAAAAUGGCUAUAGAUUUUAAUACAUUUGAGACCAACUAUGAGCCCUACAAUUUGCCCUCUGACGAAGGCAAUAUAGAGUUGGGUCCCAUGGAUAGCAAAUAUGUACGCACAGAGGAAAUACGGGGACGUUCGAUCAGUAAAAAACUAUACGUAAGAUGUUCUGCUGGUUAUGUUUUGGGCAUACAACUUUUAAAUCCCAUACACAAUCAAUCCAGCGAAAGUAUAUUGAUAUUGAAUUCACAAAGUGAAAAUCAAAGAUCUCAGGUCUGGGAUGUAAGAAGAGAUUUAAAUGUUUUUCCCACCACCAGCAGUAGUUAUGGCAUAGUAAUAUACUACGAAAGUGGUGAAAAUGCUUUAGGAGGUGCAGUUCUAAUGUUGACUACAGUUCAAGCUCCUAUACAAAAUAUACGCAAUAGGGUGGUAAGUGGACCAGUACCCUCUCUGCACCUAAGAUCCACCAAAAUACAAAAGAAUUUAAGAGGUAUAUCGUCUAUAUACUACAAUCGUUAUCGUGGCAAUGAGGGAGAAUACUAUUUAAGAAAAGCCAAUGAAUCCAUUAAAAUAGUCAACUGUGAAAUAAGCAACAAUGAUUUGGAAGCAGUUUUGUUCAGCUCCCCCUUUUGGGAUGUUAUCAGCAGUAAUCUUUCCGAAAUAACUUUACAUUUAAAUGGCUCUACUAUUAGCCAAAACGGCUAUGGCAUACGCCAGCUGUCCAAAGACUUGAGAUCUUCUAACAAUCUCUUCCAUUAUGUUAUACAAGAUACCACGGUGGAGGAUAAUAAAAAUGGCGGCUUUCAGGUUUCAUUACCCUAUGUUUGGCAAUAUAAUGAAAAUUUCACACACAGCAUACAUUUUGGCAACACUACUUGGCAGCGCAAUCGUAAUUUUUAUAUAGAAGUCUCGGGUCAUUACGCCGAUUUCAAUAUAACCUCUAAUGCUUUUCUUAAUAACCAAUGUCCGCACAGUUUGAUAGCCGUAGCGGGAAUGGAAAAACGCAUUAAAUUUGACAACAAUCGCAUAGAGCAAAAUAUGGCCAAAUAUGUCAUGGAAUUUAAGGCCGACAGUUUAAGUGAAAAGUUGGGAGAAGUAAAGGCCACCAUUGAAUAUAAUACCAUCAAGAGAAAUAGUAACUUUGAACCUUUAAGGCAUCUACCAGCACUAACGCAUGCCACCAAAUUGGCUGCUUUAAAUAGUAUGCCCACAGCUGUCAUACGUAUCGAUGGCAUACAAAAUGUUAAACUUUAUCGCAAUCUUAUAGCAGAUAAUACGCUUAGAUAUAACUUGGUGGCCGGCUUAAGAUCUGCCAGACUGGAUAAUUAUUUCUAUGCCCGAGAAAAUUGGUGGGGUUCUAGUGAUAUUGAUUUUAUAGAAUCGAAAAUAUUUGAUUUUGAUAAUUGGAAUGAUCAUGCCGAUGUUAUAUUCCAGCCUUAUCUAAUAGAAGAUUCAUUCGAUGCCAGUGUUUCGUUGGUCAAGGAAAAUCGUGACAUUAUAGAUUUAAACACCUGGCAGGGUGGUCGCAUAUUUACAGAUCUUUAUAUACGAAAACGAGCCGAGCCAUAUGUUAUUAAAAACGAUAUAACAGUUAUGCCCGAGACCACUUUAACUAUAGAGCAUGGCGUCAAAAUGGAAUUUGAACCCAGUAUAGGCAUGCUUGUUUUGGGUUCCCUAAAUGCUAUAGGUUAUGAAGAAUCUCCUAUUAUUAUGAGACCCUUCAAAAAUGCCACUCAUGAAUCGUAUUCUUUGUUAAACAAAAGAGCUCUAGAGGAUAUGUCACAAAUGCAAACCCACGAUUCUAUAAGAUUGUGUACCAAUUCACAAAAUUGCAGUUCGGAUACAAAUGAUGUGUAUGACAUAAAUCAAGGUUUUCUAGAAUACUUUAAUCACACUACCCUACAGUGGGUGCCAAUAUGUGACAGCCGUUUUACCGAACGUAAUGCUCAGGUUGUAUGUCGUGAACUGGGUUAUGAUCCCUUGAAUGUAUACUAUUCUCACGAUCGUAGAAUUGAGUUCCAUACCAAUUCUUUAACUAGGAUUUGGACUUGGGUACAACCGCUGGAAUGCCGUGGCGAUGAAACUCGCAUGUCCGAGUGUGAGGAACGUCUUAAUGGUCAAGUUUAUGGUCAUCGUCAUGAGUGUCGUUGGGAUGAUGUUUUCGUGUUUGUUAGCUGCAAGGGCACGCCCGAAGAUGAAGUCUAUUGGGGUGGCAUACGUUUUAGUAAUGCUCAGUUCGAGGAAAAUCAAUAUGAACAUCGUUAUCACGAUACACUCACGCAUAAUUCGCAAAAGAACAAAGGUAGUAAACUGCAGUUUGUAUCGAUAGAAAACGCUGGCGUAUUACACAAUCAAAAAUCGGCCGCUAUACAAGCCAUAUAUAAAACACCCGCCAUAACUGCGGUUACUAUAAAAAAUUCCGCCAAUCAUGGGGUAAAUUUUGUGGCUCCUAGUGGUCCCAUUAAUUUAAAUUUGCUAAAUAUAAGCCAAGCUUUGGGUACUGGCAUAAAUAUUGUCUCCUUGACCGGUGAGGGCCGGGAAAGUGAGGAAUCCAGUUUUACACCUCUUAAGAAUCUAGACUUGCCUUAUAAACUCUUUUCCUUGAUUGAUAUUUGUGAUCCUCAAAAGUCCAUAGAAAUAGAAGAAAGAGUAUUAGUCUACUAUAAAUAUGACAAUAAUCCGGUAAAUUGUGUGAAAAUGUUUACCGCUGCCUAUAGAGCCAAACCGAUUGGUUUUCGUUUAUUGCAAUCUAAUCUCUUCAAUCAUUCAAAACUAUAUGGACGCAUGGAUUCUAUACGUUUAUAUGAUGGUGAUGUUUAUAAUGUUACUUCAGUAUUUAUGGAUCAAAUAGAGUCGGAUACCAAAAAUCAAAAGUCUUUCUUUAAGACACAAGGUCCCACUUUAAGUGUUCAUUUAAUGGCUAGUGGUGCUCCCGAAUAUCAUGGUUUUAUAGCAGAAGUGGUAACAGUGCCCAUUUCAACUAUUGGACAAUAUCGUGAUGCCCUACACAAUAUUACUUAUUCCCAUAUAACAAAGGCCACCAAAGGUGCUGUCACUUAUUCCUCUGCGGGAGAGAUUACACCCACUUUAACCUUAACUUCCAAUCGUAUACAAAAUAAUUGCAUGCAAUUAUAUGGUAAUUUCUCCACCUGUCCCUCCGCCAUUAAUGUGGAUGUACAGAAUAUGAAUUCAUUUUACUUUAUGAAUAACUUGAUAUUAAACAAUCAGGGAGGUUUGAAAUUACGUGCCGAUUCUCGUGGAUCGGCUACUUCUCUGAGAGGUUUUAUACAUCACAAUCUUUUCCUCAAGAAUCGCAAUCGCCCAGCUUUAUUCGUGGAGGGAAGACAAUCAUCUCCCUAUCAAGAAGUUGAACUAUAUCGUAAUUACUUUGCUCAAAAUCAAGCCGGUUUUGAGGAUGUUAUACGUUUGCGUCAAGUUGUUUCUAACUUUAGUUACAAUUUUGUACACAGUAAUGUGGGUGGUCGUAUAGUAGAAGUUUCAGGGUUUGAAAAGGUACGCUUACCCAUUUACCAGAGUACUUCGCAUAAUGGUUUUUAUAGAAAUGUGGCCACUAACUGGAUGGGAAGAGCUACCAUAGUGGCUGGCACUGCUGGUCAGCAAUAUGUGGAUAAUAUUUUCGAAAAUCCCGACAACGAUUACGAAAUUAUUACUGUAAAUAGUACGAUUUCCAGUUUUGACUAUCGAAACAGCACUAUUGAAUUAUGGCGUUCCAAAAUCGAUGCCCGUCACAAUUAUUGGAGUUACAACAACAGCAUUUCCGUGCAAUCUAGAAUUAAAGAUAAGUCAGAUGAUCCUUUAUUGCUGGAGGUUCAAGCAGUGCCCUUCCAAAUGAACAAUCAAUCUAUAUUAGAUGGCAAAUGUCCACCCGGUUGGGCUCAAGUCCAGGACACUUGUUUUAUGUAUGUGGGUGUGCCUAUGACUUUUCACGAAGCAAAAGACUUUUGUAGAUCGGAAAAUUCCUCAAUGCCUUUUAUAAGAACAGACAGCGCCACCUUGUGGUCAUAUUUACAGACACAAAUGAGACAUUUGAAAUAUCCCGAAAAGGUUUGGAUCCAGGAUUUUAAUCAUAUAGAUCGUUGUACCAGCUUUGCUUUUACCGAAGUGAUCAUAGAAGAGUGCAGCAAAGAAAUGGGCUUUAUAUGUGAAAUAGAUCCCAAGGUGGUGAUUGAUCCUUUAUCCUGGAGAGCUGAUAUUUUUGCUAUUAGUAUUAUUUCCGCUUUUGUUUUGGCCAUUAUUUUAUUGGUUUUGGUGGCCAUUUGUUGGUAUGCCAAAUCUAAACAUAGACAUGUACAAAGGCUACAACGACGCAAUAGUAUACGACAAAGUUUACGCAGUCUGAAUAGUAUAGAUCCCCAGGGUUCCUUGAGAAGAAGAAACUUUCAUAUGUCCACCUCUACUGGCACUUUAACCAAAACUAUGGCCCAAGAUUAUAAAAUGAUGGGCAAUGGUUCUUUCGAGUCCAUAGACAAAAGUGUCUUAAGUUCAGAGGCCAGCUUUGAACCUUAUGAAAAUCAUCGUAAUGGUGAAAAAUCUGAAUAUCAAACGCCAAAGAAGUCACAAAAUGAAUAUGUUACUAGCACCGUAAGAUCGGGCUCCUCACAGGGACCCCAUAGAGUAGCAACUAUAGGUUCCGCCUCUAAGGCCAGUGCAAGUCGUGGUAGAGCAGCAGUAGCUGCUUGGUCUGAACAAAAACCCAACGACUUUGAAUUGUCCUAUCGCAAUGAAGGUUUCCGUGAUAACUCUACCUAUUCGGGUACACGCAAUAAUUCCAUUAGCAACAGUAUAGCCGAAGAUACACCCAUUAUUCAUCAGACCGAUGUAGAAGAAACUGGUUCCGAUUAUUAUGGUAAUGCAAGUACAUUACCAUUAAGGCACGAUCCCAAUGAAAAUUUAACAUUUUUAUCCGAACUUAAGAAAAAUAUACCAGAACAACGUACCAGUACUUUAUCGGACAGACCGCCAAGUUCAUUUUUGCCUCCUUUACAGAAAACUCCCUCGCCCAAUGCGACUCAAACACCAUUUGGCAAUAACUCACAUGCCGAUAGUUUGACAUACGAACAAAAAAUCGAUAAUAUGAACUUUAGUUCUUUAGCCGAAUUACGUAGUCAUAAUAAUAGCCAAGUAAGUAAUGGUACUGCUGUCAUACCGCCCGACAUAAGACGUCCGGACUCGUAUAUGACAGCAGUAGGAGCGAAUAGACUGUCAAGACCGGUAUCUACUCUGGGCAAUACACCCAAGUAUGACACCCCUAUUGCCCAUGUGGCCAAUAGACGACCCAAAACAGUUUAUGAAAGUGAUGACACUGCCAGUGCACAAAUACCUUCAUCCCUAAGGCCAGACGAACGUAAAGCAUCCUAUCAGCAACGUUCACGUUCCGAGGCAUUGCUAGAGACUGAUCUUGACCUUGACAAUACACCGACCAUGGACGCCAAUGGCCGAUCCUAUAGCCAACCAUUAGAGACCUCAAUGUAAGUGAGCGACAUCAAUGUUCAAUUAGGUUUUUUUUUUAAUUUCAAUACAACAACAACUAUUGAUGAUCUCUUACAUUAGGGAUUUAAUUUUUUAUUUAAUAUAAUUUUAUUUUUAAGUUAUUAAAGCAAUAUUUUAAUGUAUUUUUUUUAAACUUAUCAUUUCACUACUUUUAACAUCACUUUAAGUUUCUUGUGUUUAAUUCAAUUUUAUUUUCUAUUUUAAUUAUUAAAAAUUGUUAAUUUUAUUUUUUAUAUUUAGUGUUUUUUUGAAACAAACGAGAUUUUCUUUUAAGUUUUAUAUUAGUAAAAACAAAAAAAAAAACAUCAACCAUUCCCUCCAUUAGUUGUUUAAGUUUAUUUUAUAAUUUAAAACAUGUAUUUUAUCUUAUAAACAUCUAAUUGUUUCAAUUAGCAACAAAUUAAAACAAAAUAUUUACAAAUUAUUUUUUAAGUAUUGUAUUAUUGUAAUUUUAUUGCGCCUUAUUAUUAAAAAAUU